AUGUUCCGAGCACAGAGCUCUCCCAUGGACGAUGCCAUCGUCAAGGCAACCGACGAGAACCUCACGAGCGAAAACUGGGAGUACAUCCUCGAUGUCUGCGAUCGCGUGUCUGCAAACUCAUCAGGCCCUGCACAGGCAACUGCAGCGCUGAUCAAACGACUGGCCCAUCGAAAUGCCAAUGUACAGCUCUACACGCUUGAGCUCGCCAACGCACUCUCCCAGAACUGCGGACCGCCUCUGCACCGCGAACUUGCUUCUAAGGCCUUUACCGAUGCACUGCUACGACUAGCUGGAGACCGUACGACCCAUGCGCAGGUGAAGCAGAAGGUGCUCGAGCGCAUGAGUGGCUGGUCUGAGGAGUUCAGAUCCUCGCCAGAGCUGGGCAUCAUGGAGCAGGCAUACCAGAAACUGCGAACGCAGCAACCCGGCCUGAUGCCUCCUAGCAAGCCCGUGAAGAAGGAGAUCAGUGGCGAUGACCGGCGCAAGGAGGAAGAAGAGCUGCAGAUGGCGCUGGCCCUGAGCAUCAAGGACAAGGGACCUGCAGGAGACACAACGCACUCCAGUAGCAAUAUUCAGCAACAGGCGCAGGAUCAGGCUGUGUCGCCCGCGACUCAGCAAGGUACCACGGCCGCAACGGUGAGCAGAGUAAGAGCACUGUACGAUUUCACUCCCUCGGAGCCGGGAGAACUUGCCUUCCGCAAGAACGACAUCAUUGCGGUGCUAGAGUCUGUGUACAAGGAUUGGUGGAAAGGCAGCCUGCGUGGGCAAACGGGCAUAUUCCCGCUCAACUACGUUGAGAAGCUGCAGGAUCCGACCAAGGAAGAACUUGAGCGUGAUGCACAAAUGGAGGCGGAAGUGUUUGGAGAGAUCAAAAGCGUGGAGAAACUGCUGGCGCUCUUGAGUGUAGGCGGCGAAGGCGGUGGAAGGAGAGGCGAGCGUGAAGAAGAGGAGAUUGGUGAGCUCUAUCAACGAACGCUUGGGAUCCGGCCCAAGCUGAUAGAGCUCAUUGCGAGCUUCAUCAUUUCCCGGCCCUCCCAAAGGUUGCGACUGCUGCGGGUGAUAAGCCUGAUAGGGAGCCUGUCCAAGUGGAAUACUGGAAUUGGUAGGUAUGCCCGGCGGUGCUACCUGCGGCUGUGGAGGUGCCUGCUGCGGUGCAAGCUGCCCGUCGGUAGGCGCUGA